UCGCAGAACCACAGGCACCCGGCCGGCUCAGCCUGCGCCGGGCCGCCUCGCUAGCUCCGGGCUCGGCAGGCGGCCCGCGGGGUCCCGAAUCUCUGCGCCCUCAGACAGGGGCCAAGCAAGGCAGGCGCUGACUUGAAGCCCGGAGGCCCGCGAGACCUUCGGCCAUUUUUAGGAGAGGAAAUGUGGACAUAGAGGGACCUGACCCCAGAAACAGACCAGGAGGCUCCUGCUUGCCUGUGGUGUAAUACUUAGCCUUCCCUUUAUGCUGACUCCUGCUGAUCCCUCCACACCACUGUUCCACACCGCUCCUGAACCAUGGGAGAGAAUGAAGAUGAGAAGCAGGCGCAGGCCAGCCAGGUCUUCGAGAACUUUGUACAAGCUACCACAUGCAAAGGGACCCUCCAGGCCUUCAACAUCCUUACCUGCCUCCUGGACCUAGAUCCGCUGGACCAUAGAAACUUCUACACCCAGCUCAAGUCCAAGGUGAACACCUGGAAGGCCAAAGCUCUGUGGCACAAACUGGAUAAGCGUGGCUCCCACAAGGAGUACAAGCGAGGAAAAGCCUGCUCGAACACUAAGUGUCUCAUCGUCGGAGGAGGACCAUGUGGCCUGCGCACUGCCAUUGAACUCGCCUACCUGGGAGCCAAGGUGGUUGUAGUGGAGAAGAGGGACACCUUCUCCCGGAACAAUGUGCUGCACCUCUGGCCUUUCACUAUCCAUGACCUUCGGGGCCUGGGGGCCAAGAAGUUUUACGGGAAAUUCUGUGCUGGCUCCAUCGACCACAUCAGUAUCCGACAACUGCAGCUCAUCCUGUUCAAGGUGGCCCUGAUGCUAGGAGUGGAAAUCCAUGUGAAUGUGGAGUUUGUGAGGGUCCGAGAGCCUCCUAAAGACCAAGAAAAUCGAAAAAUUGGAUGGCGGGCAGAGUUCCUCCCUGCAGACCACGCCCUGUCUAACUUUGAGUUUGAUGUCAUCAUCGGUGCAGAUGGCCACAGGAACACGCUAGAAGGGUUCAGGAGGAAAGAGUUCCGAGGGAAACUGGCCAUCGCCAUCACUGCCAACUUCAUAAACAGGAACAGCACAGCUGAGGCCAAGGUGGAGGAGAUCAGUGGCGUGGCCUUCAUCUUCAACCAGAAGUUCUUCCAGGACCUGAAGGAAGAAACAGGGAUCGAUCUUGAGAACAUUGUUUACUACAAGGACAGUACCCACUACUUUGUCAUGACAGCCAAGAAGCAGAGCCUGCUGGACAAAGGCGUCAUCCUAAAUGACUACAUCGACACAGAGAUGCUGCUGUGUGCCGAGAAUGUGAACCAGGACAACCUGCUCUCCUACGCCAGAGAAGCCGCUGACUUUGCCACCAAUUACCAGCUGCCAUCCUUAGACUUUGCCAUAAAUCACAAUGGGCAGCCUGACGUGGCCAUGUUCGACUUCACCUCCAUGUAUGCCUCGGAGAACGCAGCCCUGAUGCGUGAGCGCCAGGCACACCAGCUGCUCGUGGCCCUUGUAGGCGACAGCCUGCUUGAGCCGUUUUGGCCCAUGGGCACAGGCUGUGCCCGAGGCUUCCUGGCAGCCUUUGACACAGCAUGGAUGGUAAAGAGCUGGGACCAGGGCACCCCUCCCCUGGAGGUGCUAGCUGAAAGAGAGAGUCUUUACCGGCUGUUACCUCAGACAACCCCUGAGAACAUCAACAAAAAUUUUGAGCAGUACACAUUGGACCCAGCCACGCGGUACCCAAACCUCAACGUGCACUGUGUCAGGCCUCACCAGGUGAAGCAUUUGUACAUCACUAAGGAGAUGGACCGCUUCCCUCUCGAGAGAUGGGGCUCAGUGAGGAGAUCUGCCAGCCUCUCCAGGCGGGAGUCAGACAUCCGGCCUAACAAGCUCUUAACCUGGUGCCAGCAGCAGACCAAGGGUUACCAGCAUGUCAGAGUCACUGACCUGACCACAUCCUGGCGCAGCGGCUUGGCCCUGUGUGCCAUCAUCCACAGCUUCCGGCCAGAGCUGAUCAACUUCGACUCUCUGAAUGAGAAUGACGUUGCGGAGAACAACCAACUGGCAUUUGAUGUGGCCAAGCGUGAGUUUGGGAUCCUGCCCAUGACCACGGGCAAAGAGAUGGCAUCUACCCAGGAGCCCGACAAGCUCAACAUGGUCAUGUACCUCUCCAAGUUCUAUGAGCUCUUCCGGGGUACUCCCCUGAGACCCAUGGAUUCCCGGCGUAAAAACUACGGAGAAAAUGCUGACUUUGGCUUGGGCAAAACAUUCUUUCAGAAUAACUAUCUCAACCUCACAUUGCCCAGAAAGAGGACCCCACGGGUAGACACCCAGACUGAAGAGAAUGACAUGAACAAGAGGAGGCGGCAAGGCUUCAACAACCUGGAAGAGCUACCAGCCUUCUCCAGCCGGAGCUUGGGCUCCAGCCAAGAGUAUGCUAAAGAAAGUGGCAAUCAGAACAAAGUCAAGUACAUGGCCAAUCAGCUGCUAGCCAAGUUUGAGGAGAACACUCGGAACCCUUCAGCCUUGAAACAGGACUGCCCCCGGGUCUCAGGCAUGGGUAAGCCUGUCCUGUGUUCUGCCUCUCGCCCUCCUGGUACCUCUCACUGCCCCAAGCUGGAGGAGUCCACUCCCAGGCUUCCACCUCCUCUAAAAAGGCAGUUCUCCUCCACGGUGGCAACAGGACAGGUGCUCAGAGAACUCAAUCAAGUACCUGCUAGUGGCGAGUGCCCCGGCAGACCCUGGAGAGCCAGGGCCAAGUCAGACCUGCAACUGGGUGGGGCUGAAAAUCUCGCCACCCUGCCUCCCACCUGCCAAGGGGCACUGGCCCUGUCCGGGGUGCUGCGGCGGCUGCAGCAAGUAGAAGAAAAGGUCCUUCAGAAGAGGGCCCAGAACUUGGCUAACAGGGAAUUUCACACAAAGAACAUUAAAGAGAAGGCAGCUCACCUGGCCUCCAUGUUUGGACACGGAGAUUUACCACAGGAUAAACUCCUGUCUAAGCGUGUGCCUCACGCUCAUCCGCCAUCUCCUCCCUCUUGCCUCCCGUCUCCUGAUCCAGCCGCUGCUCCCUCUCCACCCGUUGCCGACUCUGUUUCUCCUGCCAGAAAGCUGACAGUAGGGAAGGUAUCCAGCGGAAUAGGGGCUGCAGCUGAAGUUCUGGUCAAUCUGUACUUGAAUGAUCACAGACCUAAGACACAGGCCACCUCUCCAGACCUGGAAUCCCUGCGAAAGGCGGAAUUCCCCCUGAGCCUGGGCGGCAGGGACACCUGCUACUUUUGUAAGAAGCGCGUGUACCUGAUGGAGCGGCUGAGCGCUGAGGGCCACUUUUUCCACCGAGAGUGCUUCCGAUGCAGCGUCUGCGCAGCCAUCCUACGUGUGGCUGCCUAUGCCUUUGACUGUGAUGAAGGCAAAUUUUACUGCAAGCUCCAUUUUGCUCACUGUAAAACCAGCAGCAAACAUCGGAAGAGACGGGCAGAGCUGAAUCAGCAAAGAGAGGAGGAAGGGACGUGGCAGGAGCAGGAAGCAGCUCGGAGAGACGUUCCAGCGGAAAGCUCUUGUGCAGUGGCGGCCAUCAGCACGCCAGAAGGCAGCCCCCCAGGUAUCUCCACCUCCUUCUUUAGGAAGGCACUCAGCUGGCCUCUCAAGCUGACAAGAGGCCUGCUCAACCUGCCCCAGAGCCUGCUUAGGUGGAUGCAGGGACUCCUGCAGGCUGCUGGCCACCAUGUGAGGGACAAUGCUCACAACUACUGCUUCAUGUUUGAGCUCCUGAGCCUGGGGCUGCUGCUGCUCUGGGCUUUCUCCGAGGUCCUGGCUGCCAUGUACAGGGAGUCUGAGGAAUCCCUGGAGAGCAUCCGCAGCUGGCUGCUCAGGUUUGUCCCAGCGAAGCUGCAGUGAGCUGCGGGCUGCCCCACAGUGCCCUAACAUUUCCAGUGUAGACUGCGAUGUUUGUAGUUUGCUCAGGCUCUGGCCAGCACCUGUAACCAAUUAGCUCCAAGCCAAAGAGUCCCACGUCGGCCACUUCCGCCUGUUUGACAGGAUUGAGCAUCUAUUCAUGGUGCUAGGGCCAGGGACAACAUGAAGGAUUUUUGUAUGUGUUUGUUCUUUUUAACAGCUUUGUGUUGUUUCUUUUUUUUUUUCAAACCAAAGUGAGCCAUAUUGCUGGGUUUACAUUUCAAUUUUUAACUUCAUACGCCAAAAAGAAAGCACUAUUUUUCUACAAGGAUCAAUAUUUCUAACCGUUUCAACCAUUAUGGUCAGUUUUACGCGGCCCUUGAGCUUGGCAGUGUGUUGAGACUCAUUGCUGCCAGCAGAGUUAAUGAGCUGGGACUAGAGUCACAAAAGAGAGGGUACCGUCAUGUGAUCAAUGCCUUUUGGUUACUCAUCCAGAUGCCACCUGGUCACAGUGCGUGCUGGGUCUGUUUGUUUCAAAAACACAGAUAUGUAAAAACAUAAAGAGGUCGACAGAAGUUAAGCGCAGGAGCAAAAUAAACCAAAAGUGGUCAAAGCGCA